GGAAAAUUAAUUUAGCAACCUUUCCGUUCUUGAACUGCCGGCAGCACCCCAACUCUCUCUCUUCUCCAUCUUCUUCUCUUUCCAGAAUUGCUGGCUUUUCUUUCGCUGUUCUGCAAAUUUCCCAAAACUUCAGACCUGAACCCCACAACGAAGGGGUAGAAAGACAUGGUGAAAAGGAUGAAUGAGAAGAUCAAGAUUAGGAGGAUCGACUACUUGCCGGCAAGGCAGGUGACCUUCUCAAAGAGGAGAAGAGGGAUUUUCAAGAAAGCUGAAGAGCUGUCGAUUCUGUGUGAAUCUGAAGUUGCUGUUAUCAUCUUUUCUCAAACUGGCAAGCUCUUUGAUUACUCAAGCUCCAGUACCAAGGAUGUGAUUGCAAGGUACAAAUCACAUACUGGUGGGGAAAAAUCGGAUCAAAUCACGCUUCACCAACUGCAGUCGGAGAAAGAAAACACGAUCAGGCUGAGUAAGGAACUUGAGGAUAAGACCCGCAAGCUGAGGCAAAUGAAGGGUGAGGACCUUCAAGACUUGGAUCUGUAUCAACUGAACAAGUUAGAAAAAUUGGUGGAAGCAAGCGUUGGCCGUGUAAUUAAAACUAAGGAAAAAAAGAUUAUGAGUGAGAUUAUGGCACUUACGAACAAGGGAGCUGAGCUUAUAGAAGCUAACAACCAGCUAAAGCAGAGGUUGGUGAUGUUAUCCGCUAGAGGAGAUAUCGAACCGGCGGCGAUCAUGGAGUUGGAAAACCUGAAUAAUGUUGGAGAAGAAGGCAUGACAUCUGAAUCAGCCACAAAUGUCACCGCAUGCUCCAGCAGUGCUCUUUCUCUCGAAGAUGACUGCUCCGACAUCUUGUCUCUCAAACUGGGGCUUCCUUAGUUUCCCUGGUUAAGAAGUGGAGACACAGAUGGAGAGUUGCACUUCCUUAUAAUCUCUAAAUAAAGUCGAGUUAUUGUAACAUACGAGUGAUAUGUGUGUCUUAACUCAAAAACAAAUUGGAAGACAUCUCUGUGGAAGUACUGUGACUGUGUGUUAUAUGUAAAACUAUAUUUGUAUUCCAUGCAAAGCAUGACAUUGAUCUAGUUAUGCAAAUGCAGGCCUAUGAAUUUGGACUCUAA